AAUUCCAUAUUUAGGAGAAAGACGAAUAAAAAUAAAGAAAGAAAGAUGUGGUGAAAAACUGAAAAGGAAGUUAGCACAUGCCAUAACCCAAAAGCAUUGGAGUUUUUUAUUAUUAUUUUUUUAUUUAAUUUAAUUGUUCAAACAAGUACGGGAGGAUGAAACAUAGAAUACUUAAGCUCUAAAAUUUAUAUAUUAAAAAUACGCAUGUCGGAUGAAUAAAAAAUUGUGGGUUCUUCAAGGAAAAUACAUCAAAAAGGGAUAGGAACUAUUCUGAUUUCAUUGAUAUUAUUGGUGCCUAAAGUUAGCCAAUGAGCAAUUUUAGUCCCUAAAGUUUAAAGCAAUUACUUUUAGUCCCUUAAAGAUCAUGGCCAAACAAAAAGACUAACACAUUAUGACUCCAUUAGAAACAUUAGGGACUAAAAAGGCUAAAAGCUAUACCACCAAAAGAGGUGGCCUAGCGGUCUUGGUGUGAACGUAGGAGCACCAGAUCCCAUGUUUGAUUCCCAACAGAUGAACUGUGGGAUUUCUGCCUGCAACUAGCCCAGGCUUCUAGCUCUCUUGUGGUGUUAGGGUGAGGUCUGUAGUCAUAGUAGUUAUGGCUCAAUCUAACAUUUUCUAGCGGGGGGGCCCCCUAUGGUCACACCUAAGGGGGUGAGUCACAAUGGUCGCUCCCACCCCCCUUUUGUUCAUAAAAAAAUAAAAAUAAAAAGGCUAAAAGCUAUCACUUUUAAGUUUUUUUAGGACUAAAAGCAACCCCUUUUAAGUUUGUUAGGAAUAAAAGCGAUUACAGUAAACUUUUGGAACCAAAAAAAAAAAAAAAAAAAAAACACUCACGGACUAAAGUUUAAGGACAAACAAUGUAUGUUGGCCAAUUUAAAAAAUCAAACUUUUUCAUAGUAUAGUGCUAAAAAAUGAGUACUGAUUAGUGUAUUUGUUGUGAAAAAGUUCUCAGUGGGUUAAAGUUGGUCCCUCCAACUCUUGCCUAACUAAGUAGUUGGUUCCCUUUCUCCUUUGAGAAAGACAAUCAGUUUUUUGAGUACGUUUUUUUGGUUCCCUUUCUCCUCUGAGAAAGACGAGUGGUUUUCUUUGUUGGUUACGAUUCUUUUAGUGUUGGUGUAUUGCAAGUCUUGCUCUUAGGAUGGAUGAUCUUACAAACCGUUGGACUAAAUUAUCCCUUUCUAAUAAGGAAGGUAAGAGAGUCAUUCUGUCAAAGGGUAAGCAGUCUCAAGAAUUUGGGUUGGCAGCGAGGGUGGUGAAUAUUGAUGCAGUAGCAAAGACUUUCAGGCCUUUAUGGAGAACAAGACAGAGUUUUAAUAUCAGGGAUGCUGGAAACAACUAUCUAGUGUUUGCUUUUGAAAUUGAGGCAGACAUGGAAAAGGUUCUAUUGGGUGAGCCUUGGUCUUUCGAUAGACACCUUGUUGUCUUUCAAAGGUAUGAUGGAAAAGUGCCAAUGAAAGAAGUGGAUUUUGGCUUCUCGAAAUUCUGGGUCCAAUUACACCACCUUCCUUUUAAUCUCUUGACACCUAAGGUAGAUAUGGAUAUUUGCACAAACUUUAGGCACCGUGGUAUUAUCUGAGGAUACCUUUGAGAUGAUGGGAGGAAAUUUUAUGCGAGUGAGGGUGCUUAUUGACAUCUCUCAACCUCUUUGCCAAGGCAGACAAGUUACUUUUGAAGAUGGUUCAGAUGGUUGGAUUGCUUUUAAAUAUGAGCGCCUGCCAAAAGUUUGUUAUUAGUGUGGACGACUUUCCCAUGAUGAUAAAGACUGUAUUUUGUGGUUACAAAGCAAGGGAUCUCUGAAGACUGAGAAUCAACAAUUUGGGCAAUGGCUUCAUGCAUCUCAGUUCAAUCCUUCAAAUAAGAUGGUGAUUGAUGUUAAGGGAUAUGGUGAGGAUUGGAGAGUGAGGCCUGAACCUGUACAGUUUGAGGAACAAAGAGCUCCUGCUCUGCCUAGCAAUCUAAUGAUUCUUCAAGAUGAUUCUAUUGGAAGCACUCAGGUGAUUCUUCAUGAUGAUGAUGCUGGUAGUCGGAGGAAAGGUGAGCAAUUGCGGGUUGUGGAGCCAACAGUGGAUGCACUCAAUGGUGGCUGCCAAGGUAUGGUUAUUCCUGAUACUUGUCGGCUUUCAAAUUUUGAAAAAUCAGUUCCAAAUUUUGAGGAGACACUUCAGCAGUUAGAUAAGUAUAUUUCCGAGGAUUAUGUGCCUCCAAACAAGGAUCUGAGAUAUUUGGUUUCUGAGGAUGUUUUGUUGGGUAGCUCAAGUGCAGAUAAAACUAAAGAUGAUUUGGUUACUAAUGCUGAGUUGGAUAAGUCCAAGGUGGAUAAGUUUCCUCAGAAUGUGGGAACUAUGAGUAGCGAUAUACUGCAUAAAUAUAAUGUGGGCUUAUCUGGGGUGAAGCCUAGACUUCGUACUUGGGUUAGAAAGUGUGGGAGGUCAAUGAAGUCUAACUUGGGGAAAUCUGAGUCUGAAACAGGUUUUAAGAGAAAGUCUCCAAGGAAAACUCCUGUUCUAAGUGUGAAAAAAAGAAAAGAAAAAAAGCAAAGCUUGAGGAGGACACAAAGAAGUUUGGUGUGCUCUUGGCUACACAUCUAGGAUCGGCGGAGGUUGCUAGACAACCCCGCCGGGAACAAUGAAUCUUUUGAGUUGGAACUGUCGAGGGCUUGGAAACCCUCAAUCAGUUAAUGCCUUAAAAGAGGUUAUUAGGAUAGAGAAGCCCAAAAUAGUCUUUCUUAUGGAAACUAAAUUGGAUAGAGACUGAAUGGAAAAAGUUCGUGAUUAGUGUGGUUUUAAGCAAAGUUUAAUUGUUCCUAGUAGAAAUAGUAGUGGUGGUUUGGCUUUGUUGUGGAAAGAUGAUGUUAAAGUUAAUCUGUUAAAGUAUUCUUUAUCUAAUAUUGAUGUUUAAGUGUUUUGUGGUGAGGAUGUUGGUUGGUGGCAUUUAACUGGUUUUUAUGGGAAUCCAGUGACUGCAAAACGAGUUGAAUUCAUGGUGCCUUCUUAAACUUUUAAGUGGUCUUUCUCAGUUACCCUGGUUAGUGAUAGGGUAUUUUAAUGAAAUAAAAUGACAGUUUGAGAAGGAGGGUGGGGCAGUACUCUCUGCCCAGCAGAUGCAGAAGUUUGUGGAUACAAUUAAUUGGUGUGGUCUAAGGGAUUUGGGCUUUGUUGGUCCUAAAUUUACUUGGCUAUAUCAGCAGAGAGAUGGGGUUCAAAUCCGAGAGAGGCUUGACAAAGGGUUUGCUACAGUGGAUUGGUUAGACAAAUUUCCUAUGGCGAGACUUUAUCAUUGCACAUCUUCUGUUUCAGAUCAUUGCCCUCUUUAUUUACAUCUCGAAGAGAGGAAAAAGACUCAGCAUUUUGGCAAAAGCUUUCGUUUUGAAGCGAUGUGGCUGAAAGAAGCUAGCUGUGAAGAAGUGGUUACAUUGGCUUGGGAGGAAGCAACAAUCAAUGGUCAAAUUUCCCUAUGGUGGAAUGUUUGAAUAAUUGUCGUAUGAAAUUGGAGGAUUGGAAUAAAAAUGUGUUUCGCCAUGUGGGGAAUAAUCUGGCCAGACUUCAGAAACACUUACAACGGCUAGAACUACAAAGUGCCACACCUGAAGUUAUUGCUUCUUUGAGGGACCCUAGGGUGGAGUUCAAUUGUUGGAGAGAUAAGGAAGAAGCUAUGUGGCAUCAAAGGUCUAGAUUAAGUUGGCUACAAUCUGGAGAUAAGAACACAGGCUUUUUCCACUCCAAAGCUUCUUCACGGUUUCAAAAGCAUUUCAUUGAGGGGCUGCUAGAUUCGAGCGACAGAUGGGUGGAAGAUCAGCGUGAGAUAGAGAAUGUGGUGCUCAACUACUAUUCAGAAUUAUUCAAGUCAUCUAACCCCACAGAAUUUGUCGAGAUUCUUUCCUCUGUUCAUCCUAAAGUUUCCACAACCAUGAAUGAUGCUUACCAGGGAUUUUCAAGAGAAUGAGGUAUGUAAAGCCCUUAAACAAAUGUAUCCUCUAAAAGCACCAGGUCCAGACGAGGUGCCUCCUUUAUUUUUUCAACAUUUUUGGCCUACUAUUGGUCGAGUUGUCACUAAAAAAGUUUUGGACUUCCUAAAUUCUGGUGUUUGUCCACCUAAUUUUAACGAUACCCAAAUUUUUUGAUCCCCAAAAUUAAGAACUUGUUCCGUAUUACUGAUUAUAGGCCCAUAAGUCUUUGCAUUGUUGUUUAUAAGCUCGCAUCCAAGACGCUAGUGAAUAGACUGAAAUUCUACCUUCUAUUAUUGGGGAUAGUUAGAGUGCCUUUGUUCAUGGUAGACUCAUCACUAAUAAUAUGUUGGUGGCUUUUGAGACUAUGCAUCACAUAAGUCAAAAAAGAAUUGGAAGGGUUGGAGAGUUGGCAUUGAAGUUAGACACGAGCAAAACUUAUGAUAGGGUGGAAUAGAUUUUCUUGUAUAAAAUUAUGGAGAAGCUGGGUUUCAAUUAUAGGUGGUGGGGUCUUAUGAUGCAAUGUAUUUCUUCUGUUACUUAUUCCAUUCGUAUUAAUGGGAAGUCUUGUGGCUGCAUUGUUCCAUCAAAGGGUUUAUGUCAAGGAGAUCCUUUGUCCCCAUACUUGUUUUUGAUUUGUGCUAAGGGUUUGUCUACUUUAAUAAAAAAGUCUGUGCAGCGUGGUUUUAUGGAGGGUGUUGCUGUUUGCUGUGGUGGUUCUAGUAUCUCGCACUUAUUUUUUGCAGAUGAUAGCCUUAUUUUUUGUAAGGAUAGCUUGGAGGAAUGUGAUGCGUUGCAAUAUGUUUUGAAAAUAUAUGAGGAGUCUUCAGGUCAACGAUUGAAUAGGGCUAAAACUUCUCUCUCUCUCUUUUUUUUUUUGAUAAGUAAGAAGAGAAUAUUAUUAAUAAAAAAAAAGAAAAUAAGCAUACA